CGGCGGCGGCGGCGGCGCCGGGUGGGGAUGGGGUCGCAGACGCUGCAGAUCCUCCGGCAGGGGGUGUGGGCCGCGCUCAGCGGGGGCUGGUACUACGACCCGCACCAGGCCACCUUCGUGAACGCGCUGCACCUCUACCUGUGGCUCUUUCUGCUCGGCCUGCCCUUCACCCUCUACAUGGCCCUUCCUUCUUCCAUGAUUAUAGUAGCAGUCUAUUGUCCUGUGAUAGCUGCUGUUUUCAUUGUUCUGAAGAUGGUCAACUAUCGACUCCACAGAGCACUUGAUGCUGGAGAGAUUGUAGAUAGGAACACAAAUGAUUUCACAGAUCAGCGAGCCAGAGCUGAGCAAGGCAACUGUUCAACAAGGAGAAAAGACAGCAAUGGCCCAAGUGAUCCUGGUGGGGGCAUUGAAAUGUCUGAGUUCAUUCGAGAGGCCACACCCCCAGUUGGUUGCAGUUCAAGAAAUUCUUAUGCUGGCCUGGAUCCAGGCAACCAGAUUGGAUCUGGUUCCUCUCGUCUUGGAACAGCAACAACUAUUAAAGGAGAUACAGACACCGCUAAGACUUCUGAUGAUAUCAGUUUAAGUCUGGGCCAGAGCUCUAGUCUUUGUAAGGAAGGAAGUGAAGAACAAGAUUUGGCAACUGAUCGGAAGCUCUUCCGUUUGGUCUCCAAUGAUUCCUUCAUCUCCAUUCAGCCGUCCUUAUCCUCAUGUGGACAGGACUUACCAAGAGACUGCAGUGACAAAAUGAGCCUGCCAAGUCACAGCCACCACCACCACAUUGAGCAGUCUCUGUCCAGUGCCUGUGACACAGAAGUAGCAUCUCUUGUCCCUUUACAUUCACACUCUUACAGGAAAGAUCACCGGCCGCGAGGUGUACCACGGACUUCUAGCUCUGCUGUGGCUUUUCCAGACACUUCACUGAAUGACUUCCCUCUGUAUCAGCAAAGACGUGGGUUAGAUCCUGUUAGUGAGUUAGAAUCUUCCAAGCCUCAUUCUGGAUCCAAAGAAUCCUUGGUGGAAAAUUCUUGUUUACCUGGGGAAUUUCAGCUUGCUGGUAAGCUGAAAAACAGUAAUUCUCAGCCACCUACCAAAAGUGGGAAGAGCAAACCCUUGAAAGCAGACAAAAGCAUGGACAGCUUGCGGAGCCUGAGCACGCGCAGUAGUGGCUCAACAGAGAGCUACUGCAGUGGUACGGACCGGGACACUCACAGCACCGUCAGCAGCUAUAAAAGUGAGCAGACCAGCUCCACUCACAUAGAGAGCAUCUUGUCAGAGCACGAGGAGUCUCCCCAAGUGGGAAAGACCAGUGGUCAGAAGAAAGAGUGCUGCGCUGAGCCAGAGGACAAGAGUAGCUGUGCCAGUGACAAAAGGACUAGCAGUGAAAAAACUGCCUUGGAAGUGAGUACGAAUAGUGGGGUUCAAGAAGCCAAGCAUUCUAAUAGCUCUGAGGACAUGCACGAUCAGAAAGGUCUCAGCACCUCUGCAUCUGAAGAAGCCAAUAAAAACCCCCAUGCAAAUGAAUUUACUUCACAGGGGGACACACCACUUGGGAAAACUGCUGAAAACAAAGAGGAGGAGAGUGAUAAGCCAGCUGUUUCAGUGGAUUCAAAAGUUGGUAAAGAUGUUGGUGGAAAGCAAAAGGAAGGGGAUGUACGACCUAAAUCCUCUAGCUUAAUCCACCGGACAGCCUCUGCUCAUAAGUCAGGCAGGAGACGGACAGGAAAAAAACGGGCUAGCAGUUUUGAUUCAAGUCGGCAUAGGGACUAUGUGUCCUUUCGAGGUAUUUCUGCUACCAAGCCACAUAGUGCUAUAUUCUGUCACGAUGAGGACUCCAGUGACCAAAGUGACUUGAGCAGAGCGUCAAGCGUUCAGUCUGCUCACCAGUUUGGCAGUGACAGCUCUUCUAGCACCACUUCUCAUUCAUGUCAGUCUCCCGAGGGCAGAUACAGCGCCCUAAAGACCAAACACGCCCCUAAGGAGAGGGGCACCGACUCUGAGCACGCACACAAAGCCCAUCUGGGCCCUGAAGGAACUAGCAAAAAGCGGACAGCACGGCGGACUUCCAGCACAAAUAGUGCCAAGACUCGGGCCCGAGUGUUGAGCCUGGACAGCGGCACAGUAGCGUGUUUGAAUGACUCCACUAGGCUGAUGGCACCCGAAAGCAUAGAACCCUUAACCACUUCAAAAUCAGAUCUCGAGGCCAAAGAGGGAGAGGUGCUAGAUGAGCUAUCUUUAUUGGGACGGGCUUCCCAGUUAGAGACAGUCACUCGAUCUAGGAAUAGCUUGCCAAGCCAGGUCGCAUUUCCUGAAGGCGAAGAGCAAGAUGCAGUCAGUGGAGCAGCACAGGCCAGCGAGGAGGCAGUGUCAUUUCGCCGUGAACGCAGCACAUUUAGGCGCCAGGCAGUACGGCGCCGGCACAAUGCAGGGAGUAACCCUACCCCUCCUACAUUGCUCAUCGGAUCACCCCUAAGCCUUCAAGAUGGUCAGCAAGACCAGCAGUCCACAGCCCAGGUCAAAGUCCAGUCCCGCCCCCCUUCCCAGGCUGCAGUGCUCAGUGCUAGUGCCUCCUUGCUGGUGAGAAAUGGGAGUGUCCACUUAGAAGCAUCACAUGACAAUGCAUCUGCUGUAGGCGGCAGCAGUUUGCACGAUGAACUUGGUAAGUUCUCUUCUACGCUUUAUGAGACUGGUGGCUGUGAUAUGUCACUUGUGAAUUUUGAACCAGCAGCAAGAAGAGCAUCCAAUAUCUGUGACACGGAUUCACAUGUAUCCAGUUCUACCUCAGUUCGAUUUUAUCCACAUGAUGUGCUCUCUCUUCCACAGAUUCGAUUGAACAGACUAUUGACCAUCGAUACAGAUUUGUUGGAGCAACAAGACAUUGACCUAAGCCCUGAUUUGGCAGCUACUUAUGGUCCAACAGAAGAAGCUGCCCAAAAAGUUAAACACUAUUAUCGCUUUUGGAUCCUGCCCCAGCUGUGGAUCGGUAUUAACUUUGACAGACUCACACUUUUGGCCCUGUUUGAUAGAAAUCGUGAGAUCCUGGAAAAUGUAUUAGCUGUCAUCUUGGCUAUUCUUGUGGCUUUUUUGGGAUCUAUUCUUCUCAUACAAGGCUUCUUCAGAGAUAUCUGGGUCUUCCAGUUCUGCCUGGUGAUAGCCAGCUGUCAAUAUUCACUACUUAAGAGUGUUCAACCAGAUUCUUCUUCUCCCAGACAUGGUCAUAAUCGUAUCAUUGCCUACAGUAGACCAGUUUAUUUCUGUUUGUGUUGUGGUCUUAUUUGGCUCUUGGAUUAUGGUAGUAGAAACCUUACUACAACCAAGUUCAAAUUAUACGGAAUAACUUUCACCAAUCCGCUGGUGCUUAUAUCAGCCAGGGAUUUAGUUAUAGUGUUUACACUCUGUUUCCCAAUAGUAUUUUUCAUUGGUCUCCUGCCUCAGGUGAAUACAUUUGUAAUGUACCUUUGUGAACAAUUGGAUAUCCAUAUCUUUGGUGGUAAUGCCACUACAAGCCUGCUUGCAGCACUUUACAGUUUCAUCUGUAGCAUUGUGGCAGUAGCCUUACUAUAUGGAUUGUGUUACGGCGCCUUAAAGGAUUCUUGGGAUGGGCAGCAUAUUCCAGUGCUUUUCUCCAUUUUUUGUGGUUUAUUAGUGGCAGUAUCCUAUCAUCUCAGCCGACAAAGCAGUGAUCCGUCUGUACUUUUCUCUUUGGUGCAAUCCAGGAUUUUUCCAAAAACAGAAGAGAAAAAUCCAGAAGACCCGUUGUCUGAAGUAAAAGAUCCACUGCCUGAAAAACUUAGAAAUUCUGUUAGCGAGCGUUUACAGUCUGACCUAGUAGUGUGCAUUGUAAUUGGUGUGCUGUAUUUUGCUAUUCAUGUAAGCACAGUGUUCACAGUAUUGCAGCCUGCGCUCAAGUAUGUGUUGUACGCGCUUGUUGGCUUCGUGGGUUUUGUAACCCAUUACGUGCUGCCUCAAGUUAGGAAGCAGCUACCGUGGCACUGCUUCUCUCACCCUCUGCUCAAGACGGUGGAGUAUAAUCAGUAUGAAGUUCGAAACGCAGCUACUGUGAUGUGGUUUGAGAAACUUCAUGUGUGGCUUCUUUUUGUGGAGAAGAAUAUCAUCUAUCCAUUGAUUGUUCUCAAUGAACUUAGUAGCAGUGCAGAGACAAUUGCUAGUCCAAAAAAACUGGAUACAGAAUUAGGUGCUUUAAUGAUCACCAUUGCUGGUCUGAAGCUGCUACGGUCCUCUUUCAGCAGCCCUACAUAUCAGUAUGUCACAGUCAUCUUUACUGUGCUCUUUUUCAAAAUUGACUAUGAAGCUUUUUCAGAGACCAUGCUGUUGGAUCUCUUCUUCAUGUCCAUACUCUUCAACAAGCUUUGGGAACUCCUUUAUAAAUUGCAGUUUGUAUACACUUACAUUGCUCCAUGGCAAAUUACAUGGGGUUCUGCUUUCCAUGCUUUCGCCCAGCCCUUUGCAGUGCCCCAUUCAGCCAUGUUGUUUGUUCAGGCUGCCGUAUCAGCCUUCUUUUCUACUCCACUGAACCCCUUUCUGGGAAGUGCAAUAUUCAUCACUUCAUAUGUUCGACCUGUGAAAUUCUGGGAGAGAGACUAUAACACAAAACGAGUGGAUCAUUCAAAUACCAGAUUGGCUUCCCAGCUUGAUAGAAAUCCAGGAUCAGAUGACAACAAUCUGAAUUCCAUCUUUUAUGAACAUUUAACCAGAUCCCUACAACACAGUCUUUGUGGUGAUUUGCACCUAGGACGGUGGGGAAACUACAGUACAGGGGACUGUUUCAUUCUUGCCUCUGACUACCUCAAUGCGUUAGUACACCUUAUAGAGAUAGGCAAUGGGCUGGUUACCUUCCAGCUGCGGGGACUUGAAUUCAGAGGUACUUACUGUCAACAACGGGAAGUGGAGGCCAUUACUGAAGGUGUUGAGGAAGAUGAAGGAUUUUGCUGUUGUGAACCUGGCCAUGUUCCUCAUGUGCUUUCAUUUAAUGCUGCAUUUAGCCAGCGCUGGCUAGCUUGGGAAGUGAUAGUCACCAAGUAUAUUUUGGAGGGUUAUAGCAUCACUGACAAUAGUGCUGCUUCCAUGCUUCAAGUCUUUGAUCUUCGGAAAGUACUCACCACUUACUAUGUCAAGGGUAUCAUUUAUUAUGUUACAACCUCUUCUAAACUGGAGGAGUGGCUAGCUAAUGAGACAAUGCAGGAAGGACUACGUCUGUGUGCAGAUCGAAAUUACGUUGAUGUGGACCCAACGUUUAAUCCAAAUAUUGAUGAAGACUAUGACCAUCGACUUGCAGGCAUAUCCAGGGAGAGUUUCUGUGUGAUUUACCUCAACUGGAUAGAGUAUUGCUCUUCCCGAAGAGCAAAGCCACUGGAUGUGGACAAAGAUUCAUCCCUGGUGACUCUUUGUUAUGGACUCUGUGUUCUGGGACGGAGAGCUUUGGGGACUGCAUCCCACCAUAUGUCCAGUAAUUUAGAGUCAUUCCUCUAUGGAUUGCAUGCCCUAUUUAAGGGAGAUUUCCGAAUUUCUUCAAUUCGAGACGAAUGGAUCUUUGCUGACAUGGAAUUGCUGAGAAAAGUAGUAGUCCCUGGAAUUCGUAUGUCCAUUAAACUUCAUCAGGACCAUUUCACUUCUCCGGAUGAAUACGAUGACCCCACUGUGCUCUAUGAAGCCAUUGUGUCUCAUGAGAAGAACCUCGUCAUAGCCCACGAAGGGGACCCUGCGUGGCGGAGUGCAGUCCUCGCCAACUCACCCUCCCUGCUUGCUCUGCGGCACGUCAUGGAUGAUGGCACCAACGAGUACAAGAUCAUCAUGCUCAACAGACGCUACCUGAGCUUCAGGGUCAUCAAAGUGAAUAAGGAGUGUGUCCGAGGCCUUUGGGCAGGGCAACAGCAGGAGCUUGUUUUCCUACGUAACCGUAACCCAGAGAGAGGUAGCAUCCAAAAUGCCAAGCAAGCUCUGAGGAACAUGAUAAACUCAUCUUGUGAUCAGCCUAUUGGCUACCCGAUCUUUGUCUCACCCCUGACGACUUCUUACUCUGACAGCCAUGAACAGCUUAAAGAAAUUCUUGGGGGACCUAUCAGCUUGGGAAAUAUCAGAAACUUCGUAGUGUCAACCUGGCACAGGUUAAGGAAAGGUUGUGGAGCUGGCUGUAACAGUGGUGGCAAUAUUGAAGAUUCUGAUGCUGGAGGUGGAGCCUUUUGCACUAGUAACAGUGCAACAACUGCCAAUGAUCCCCACAGCAGUGCGUCCCAAGGAAGCACUGGAAACCCAGGCCAGGGACCAGGAGCAGGACUCCAUCCGCCUGUCACAUCUUACCCUCCAACACUAGCCGCUAGCCACAGCUCUCACUCUGUGCAGUCCAGCCUGGUCCGGCAGUCCCCUGCCCGGGCCUCUGUAGCCAGCCAGUCGUCUUACUGCUAUAGCAGCCGGCACUCAUCUCUCCGGAUGUCCACCACGGGAUUUGUGCCUUGCCGGCGCUCUUCCACCAGCCAGAUAUCGCUUCGCAAUUUACCGUCAUCCAUCCAGUCCCGCCUCUCUGUGGUGAACCAGAUGGAACCCUCCAGUCAGAGCGGCCCGGCCUGUGUGCAGCAUGGCCUGCCUUCCUCUAGCAGCUCCAGCCAAAGCAUCCCAGCCUGCAAGCAUCACACCCUUGUGGGCUUUCUUGGGACAGACGGCGGUCAGAGCAGUGCCGCUGAUACUCAGCCCGGCAACACCUUAAGUCCUGCCAAUAAUUCACAUGCCAAAAAGGGGGAGGUGAUUUACAGAGUCCAGAUUGUGGAUCCCAGUCAGAUUCUGGAUGGGAUCAACCUGUCAAAAAGGAAAGAGCUGCAGUGGCCUGAUGAGGGUAUUCGGUUAAAAGCUGGGAGAAACAGCUGGAAAGACUGGAGUCCUCAGGAGGGCAUGGAAGGCCAUGUGAUUCACCGUUGGGUGCCUUGCAGCAGAGAUCCAGGUACUAGAUCCCACAUCGACAAGACAGUACUUCUGGUUCAGAUUGAAGAUAAAUACGUGACUGUAAUCGAAACUGGGGUACUAGAACUUGGGGCUGAAGUGUGAGCCAGUGUUUUAUAACUUCAUUUCUUUUCCCUCAAAAUUCCAAGAGAUUGGAAAAAAGAGGAGAGAGCAGAAGAUGCCUGCAGGUAUCCCUUUGAACCUGUAGGAGAGACUUGAACAUAGAGUGGGCUUGGUUAAGCACUGCUCCUUGGCCCUUCACCCUGACUCCUGUCACUGUCUCCAUCCCCAAAUAAAGCUGAAAUAUUUUUUUAAGUUAGCUGCUGAGAAAACAUCGUGCAUGAAGGAUAAAGUUCUGUUAAAAUACAUCCUUAAAACAAGUUUUUUCCUAUGCAUUGCCUAUGCUUUAAAUCAACAAACUCUUGCUUUCUAAACUAUGAUCUCAUAUUUUUCUAAUUUUCUUGCCAAAAAUAAUUGCCAUGUUUUGUCAUAAAACAUGAAAUCCAUUUACCUUGAUUUUUAAAAACAGACAAGUGUAGAAACCUUCAGUUUGACAUAUAGCAGUAUAAAAGUUUAAUGUACAGUGAAAAAGACUAUGAACAGACAUAGAUUUAUCUUAUUCCUUGAGCGCUAAAAACUUUAAUGAAAAAAACUGCACUAAUUUUUUACAAUGCACUAUAAAGUCUGAGAUUUCUCAGAACAUUUAUUUAUAUAUAAAAAUAAAAUACCAUUAUUUAAAUUGCCUUUGGGAUUAACCCCUUCCCUUUCCUUAUACGUAGCAGGAACUGUGCUGCUCAUUUUUCUUUAGCAGUCUGUACUCCAUGCCAGUCCAUUGGAUGUUUCCUUUAAAAUGAAUACUUAAUCUCAAGAUACACGUAGCUUCAUCACUGGCAUUUCCCGGAGCCAGUAGUCAGUGACUCAGUCCCGUGAACACUCCUGCCAGCUCCUGUGUCCACAUUUCAAAUGGGUUCCAACACUGUGUGCGGCCCAGCUACCCUGUUUCUCCCACUUGGGGCAAGCUCUGCUGGGGUCAGUUCUGGGAAGAAAAUACUUUUGCUUUUCAAAGAAGAAGGUGAACGUCCAGGAAUUUAAAGAAAGGAUGGAUUGCCUUUUACUUUAAGAGUUCUUACCUCUUGAAGUUAUUCACAUGCAGUUCAGUUAAUCAAGUAAAAUUUUUUCAAACAAAAUUAUCCAAAUGGUGCAGUUCUUAUUGUUAUAUCCCUCUUUAAUAACUUUGCCUAUUAUUUUCCUCCUCUCUUUAUUCUAUUACUUGAAUUUUAUUUCCUGUGAUUUAUAGUGUGUAGCUGUAAUUUGAAAUAUUUAUAACGGUGAUGAAAUUGACUUAAUUCAUAUGUUGUCUCAUAACUUAAAUUUUAUUGGUUUUUUAAAAGUGUAUGUAUUCAGGGAAAUAUCUAACUCAGAUUUACAAUUAGACUAGGUGGGAACUGCAGUUUAGAUUUAAUUUUCAACAUAUGGCGUUUUUUAAAUCCUUCAGAAAAUUUUUCUCCUUUUGUGUGAAACUCCAAAGAAGACUGUACAUCUGAGCAUUUAGGAGCAGCCAUCUUUCUGCCCCCUGUGAAUGGACAGUAAAAAGAAGCAGGUGAAGUUAAUUUCAGUCAUACAUUUUGUUUAGUCCAUAUAUCCAAAGUAUUGCUAUUUCACCAUGUGGUACUAGCCGUAUUUCAGGUACUUGCUAGCCACAUGUGCUUAGUGGUCACUGUAUUGGGCAGCGUGGGUUUAAAGUGUCUUUUCAUGAGGUGAGAGGAGAUAGAAGCUGUUUUUCCUCCUAAUUCUGAUGUAGAUCUUACAGUAUCACAUGACACUUGAGUGGAAGGAAUGAAAGCUAAGGAAGUAAAUAACUAAUAUAUAGCCUCUGAUUGCAUUUUCACUCCAAAACCUAUUUACCUUUCCUUUUUCCAAUUUUAAAUUUUUGUGGGUAUUCAGGAGCCAAUGUGCCUCGUGUUGAGGUUUCCAGACUUCACACACUUUGCAGAAUUUACUGUUGAAAAACUUUUUGUCAAAUGAUUUACUGAACAUUUACACAAAGGUACCCUUUCUAAAUUGACCAGUUAAAAUGUAUUUUUCCUGAUGCUGUCAUUAUAUUUCUGUGUUUGCCUUAUUUUGGUAAAUGUACAAUAUGCCAUUAAGGUUCACGUUCUUCUUUUUUCUUCUGAAACUGAAUAUAUGAUCUGUUUGUCUAUCUAUAUUAUCUAAAAUCCUCUCAGAGGAAUUAUGCUCCCUGCUGCUUGUUCCCUUUCUGAGAUGAAUAUGAUCUCUUCAUGGUCAUUGCCUAGAUGAGAAGAUAAGUGGAGCCUUUCCAGUCUUAAAUAGAAGAUACUUCAUUUUCCUACACAGAGAAAAAGAAAAAACCUGAACUUCAAAUGUUUAAGACUAAAACAUAUAGUCUUUUUAAAAUGAUAAUACUUUUCUAAUAAUUGCAUCAGGGGAAGCAUUGAUAAUUAAAGAAGGAGUCAUGUCUUAAAAAUAAUUGGAACUAAAGUAUAAUAUAGAAAUAUACACACUUUCAUUAAUUAAGUUGAUUAUACAUGUCUUAUUCAACCCUGUCCCCUGCCACCCCACACCCCCUUGGAGAUUAGCGAGCUAUUCAUUUAGAUUCCCUGCUUAGCCCUUUUGUUUAGUAUAUAAGACUCCAGUAUACACACAUUAGCAUCUUUAGUUCACAGUUGCCAAAACAUUCAGAGUUCCAUAAUUUGAAAGUAAAAAUAUGUAAUUAAAACACUAGUUUUUUCAUUUGCUUUAAAUAGUUUUAUUGAUAGCUUUCCAUUUUUUUAUUGUUUGAUUUUGCUUUUUCCCCCUUUAGAGAGAGUUUUGGAAUAAGUUAUAAAUUCCUAGCUUUUUUGCUGUUGUUGUUAUUCAGUGUUAAAAAUCAUUUUAUAACUCAAAUUUUUGGUUAAUCUUCCAGUUUAUAACUUGGUGUAAGCCCUAUUUUUACACCAUUUUUCAAUACUUGAUAAAAGUUUAUAUGUUCACUUUUUUCUAAAGAACUAUAAUUUUUCCAAAAGUCUAGAUUAAUAUAAGGUGUUGAUCUUGAAGGGACUUGGGAGAGUAGGUGGUGAGGCUCUAUAUUUUUAAGGUAAAAGGAGAUUAAUUACCUUUCAGGAAAUUAGCAAACAGACUUCAUCAGUGUUCUGCCUUCUUUGAGUUUCCAUUACUGGAAGAUUAACUUCCAUUAGAUUUGAAGGUUUUCUUUUUUUUUAAAUAUUUCAAGUAUGUCUGAGAUACUUCUACAGACCCUUGAAACAGAAUUAGUCAGACAAGAUUUCUCUCCCGAGUGAACCAUGGAAAAUUACUCUGUGUACCAAACGUCAGGCAGUGAAAAUACAAGUUUUUACGUAAGAAACAACAGCUCAUUAAAAAGAGGAUUUUUCUUCCUGGGUUAGUUUACUUUUCCAUCUCAUAUCAAACUAUUAAAAAACAGCCUCCAAUCUAAGCAAGGGUAGCUUAGCCUUAAAGAAUCCCACUUUGCUUCUGAGCAGCACCCUUCUGCCUCUGCUUAGGAAAUCUUCAUUUGGUGGAUUGCUGCACUGAGUCACAUUCAUCCAGAACUGAGUCUUUUAAACUUAGGAUUUGCCCAGAGGCUAAGGUUAUUGUUUUCUUUCAAAAAUCUUCCCUCCUAAAUAUGUGACUUGAGAAAAAGAUAACAAUAAUUUUGCAUGAGAAUUCUUUGAAUUUAUGUUUACUAAGCUACAAAACUAUAAAUUGCUACCCGCAUUGUGAUUGACUUUUGUGUUUGUUUUCAUUACUUUUUCAUGAAUAUGGACAGAGCCCCCCCGUUUUUAAAAGUCCUCAGUAUUCAUUCUUGUUCUUUUUUGUAGUAUAUUUUAAUCACAUAAAAUUACUUUGCUUGGACACAGACCAAGGGUAAGAUGUCAUUCAAGGCUAAGAUGAUAUUUAGAGCCCAUUAAUGGACUUUGAACUGUCUGUUUCAGUCAUAUAUGGAAAUUGAGUUUUAUUUAUCUGGAGAAAGAGGAAAAUUAGCUAUUACCGUGUAUUUGUGCAGCAUAAAUUGUAAUAUUACGUUGGAUAUGUAUAGUUUUUUUAAAAUUAA